AGUCCUCCAACAGGAGAUGGAAGAUGACGCACAGCCAAGUUUUAAGGAAUUUAUGUCAACUUACGCAGAGAGAAGGAGUGCGAGAUUCGGCGUGACCACAAAAGUUCAGCAAGAUCUGUUUAGUGUUCCAGAAAACGUCUCUUUAGCCCACUGUGUUACCCAAGACGUCGAGAUGACUAAAGGAAUCUCGUCCGUAUUAAAUAGGAAUUUCGGCCUCCUGGACGAGCAGCAGCCUAAAGUUGGAAGAGUACUGCGAUUAGAAGAUGGUUCUCGAUAUUUGCUUUAUAUAUUGACCAGGAAGUCUUAUACAGACAGGCCAAGCUACGAGAACAUAUGGCGUGCUCUAACUAAUUUGAAGAAAAUCGUGUGUAAUUAUGACAUCACAAAUUUGGCUUGGAAAAUAAUAACAUCACCAAAAAUAGGCCAUGGAGUAGAAAAUCUGGAUUGGAAGAUUGUGAGAAGCAUACUUGAAGUGGUCUUCAGAGAAACUGGCAUACGAAUUACUGUGUGUUGCAUGAACCCGAAGAUGUCGUACCCUUCAAAGACAGUAGACUAUUAGACAAUGGGAAGACACCCUACA